CUUUUGCCAUCACACCACCUGUUCCUCUACUUGUUUCCUAAUCCCCGGGCGCUUUCCUCCACCCUCCUUUCCUCGCGCAAGUGAAAAGCAGCCAGCUUGACAGUGUGGAAGGAGGGAUUUCGCCAGCUGCGGCUGCAGUGCCCAGGCUUGGUGGCCGCGUCGGGUUGGGGCAGCUGGGCAAAAUGUCUCCGAGAGGGGUAGAGUGUAGGGGGAAGUGAGUGCUGGUAGACCUCGACGGCCGCUCUCCACCAUACUGUGGCGGGGUCUGGAGGUUUGGGAAUACAGGGACCUUAAGGGAGCCACCCGAGAGGAGUUGGGGGUGGGGGCUUCGAUAGCAUUUGGGGAGGCGGCUGCGCAACGGGUGCUGAAAGGACAGCUCCUACCUGACCCACGGCACCCAAAAGGCACCUCUGCAUGGAAAGUCUCCCCCUGAAACCCCUAGCCCACCUCGAGUGGGACCGUCUUUCAGGUGAGGUGCACGAAAGGCUUUUCCGAAGUGGCAGCUCGGAAGGAUGCACGUCCGGCUGCGCCAAGCUGGUUUCCCCGCCUUUUUCCCACUUCGGCGUCAGCCUGGGCCCUGGGAACUGCAGCCUGUGCCUCCAGCCGCGCGCUUCCUCCUGCUUCCAGAGGAGCAGGGCAGUGCAGCCAGGCCUCGCAAACCCCUCUUCUGGGGCCCCCAGCGGGAGCAGGAAGGAAAGCCGCUGAGAUGCGCCGUGAGUGUCGCACGGCUUGGAGAAGUGGGUUGCUGGGUUGCAUAAGGUGGAAGGAACUUGCUAGUUUGCAAAAGACAGCUCUUGGCGGGAGCCGGAACCCGGAGCCCGCCGACUCGCGCACCCCUCCUCAUUUACUGCCUUCGACGCGCGCCUCCCCGACUGCGCCCCCACCCCCUCGGCGCGCCGCCGUCUCCGCGCACUACCCCCCCCCACACACCCCCCUCCUCACUCCCUCCAGAGGAGGUGAGUUUAAACCCCGCCCACGUGACCCCAGCUGGGCCAAUGAACGGCGGCGGGAGGUGAAAUCCGGUUCUAACCGGUCCGGGGCUCCCAGCGCUAUAAAAACUUUAUAAACCCCCCGGAGCCCGAGCAGUGUGAAGAAGAGGCGAGAACGACCCCCGGACCGACCAAAGCCCGCGCGCCGCUGCAUCCCGCGUCCAGCACCUACGUCCCGCUGCCGUCGCCGCCGCCACCAUGCCCAAGAGAAAGGCUGAAGGGGAUGCUAAGGGAGAUAAAGCAAAGGUGAAGGACGAACCACAGAGAAGAUCCGCGAGGUUGUCUGCUAAACCUGCUCCUCCAAAGCCAGAGCCCAAGCCUAAAAAGGCCCCUGCAAAGAAGGGAGAGAAGGUACCCAAAGGGAAAAAGGGAAAAGCUGAUGCUGGCAAGGAGGGGAAUAACCCUGCAGAAAAUGGAGAUGCCAAAACAGACCAGGCACAGAAAGCUGAAGGUGCUGGAGAUGCCAAGUGAAGUGUGUGCAUUUUUGAUAACUGUGUACUUCUGGUGACUGUACAGUUUGAAAUACUAUUUUUUAUCAAGUUUUAUAAAAAUGCAGAAUUUUGUUUUACUUUUUUUUUUUUUUUUUAAAGCUAUGUUGUUAGCACACAGAACACUUCAUUGUUGUUUUUGGGGGAAGGGGCAUAUGUCACUAAUAGAAUGUCUCCAAAGCUGGAUUGAUGUGGAGAAAACACCUUUCCCUUCUAGUUUUGAGAGACUUCCUCUUGGCUCCCAGGAGGAGUGAUUCCCUGACUUUGACACACAUGGCCACCUUGGCACAAAAGCCUUGUGGUAUAGAAAAACAAAUUUGUUUUUAUGUCCUCUUCUCCCUUUCCAUCUUUCAGCAUACACUUAACUCCCUUAAGCCCAGACAUCUGUUGGGACCUGACCCCUAGUCAUUGGUUACCAGUGUGUCAGGCAAUCUGGACUUUCCAGUGAUGCCACUGAGAUGGCACCUGUCAAAAGAGCAGUGGUUCCAUUUCUAGAUUGUGGAUCUUCAGAUAAAUUCUGCCAUUUUCAUUUCACUUCCUGAAAGUCAGGGUCGGCUUGUGAAAAGUUGUUAAACAACAUGCUAAAUGUGAAAUGUCAACCCUCACUCUAAACUUUCCCUGUUCAGAGCAUCAGAUGAAGACUUCGUUGGGUUUUAUAGUGGCUUUCUGAUUUUUGGUAGUCCAUUGAAGAAGGGAGUUUGAAAGUUGUUGUAUACUGUUAACGAUUGUCUGCCCAUGUCCUGCCUGAAAUACCAUGAUUGUUUAUGGAAAGUAUCUUUAAUAAAGCUGGAUACAGUUUGGCUUGGAA